UAGUGCAAAAAAAACUUAGGUUUGUUUGUAAGCAGAAAAGGAUAAGUAUCACAUUAGUUGAUGCCCACCCACCCACUCAGCCUAAGUAAAGUGAAGAUGGAGCUAACCGCCGAUGAGCUGAAGGCAUAUGACGGAUCAGAUCCAUCAAAGCCAAUUUAUGUGGCAAUCAAAGGUCGAAUCUUCGAUGUAAGCGCCGGUAAUUCGUUCUAUGGUCCCGGCGGGCCUUACUGUAUGUUCGCCGGAAAAGAUUCAAGCAGAGCACUUGCAAAGAUGAGCAAGAAUGAAGAAGAUGUUUCUCCAUCUCUUGAUGGAUUAUCUGAGAAAGAAAUGGCUGUUCUCAAUGAUUGGGAGACCAAAUUCGAAGCUAAGUAUUCAAUUGUUGGAAAUGUCAUUUCUUAAUUACUUUUCGAUCUGGGAAUUAUGAAGAAAUAAAUAAAUGGUUUCCUAUUUGCUCAUCGAUCUGUGUUUAUGCAAAGACAAAAUUAAUUAUGAAUAAAUUUUACCCUUGAAAUUGCUCUUUGUUUGUGUCAUACUGAAUAACGCAGAGUGUGUAUCUGGUAAUCGUUUGAUGUUUGGGAUUGUUGGCAAUUUGUAUAACUCAUUUAUCUAUGAUGUGAUUGAUUAGUUAGUUGUA